GUUACCUUAAUUUUUUUGGACUGGGCCGAUAAAGCUUGGGCCGAAAGAGCCUGCUACCAGACCGAUACACCUAAUUGCGUGAAUUGGACGCCAUCUUGAAAUCAUAAAGAAAGAGAGACACAACUUUUAAGAUAUCAAAAAAGUAUUUGUAUAAUGGGAACCAGAGUGUUUGUUGGCCAUGUAAAUCAUGCGCGGGAACGUGAUGUGGAGAAGUUCUUUAAAGGUUAUGGGAAAAUCAGAGACAUCAUGCUCAAGAAUGGCUAUUGCUUUGUGGAGUUUGAUGAUAACAGAGAUGCUGAUGAUGCAGUGUAUGAGCUCAAUGGAAAAGAACUGUGUGGGGAAAGGGUGGUGGUUGAGCAUGCCCGUGGCACAAGGAGGGACGCUGGUGGAUACGGGGGUGGUAAUGGAGGGGGACAGUCCAUGCGCAGGGACCCAUCCUGGCUAAACAAAAAUAGACGAUCUGACGGCCUUGGCGCCACGGGGUAUGGGGCCCCUAUUCGGACAGAUUAUCGUGUAAUUGUGGAAAACCUAUCCUCCAGGGCUAGUUGGCAGGAUUUAAAGGACUACAUGCGCCAAGCAGGGGAAGUCACCUAUGCUGAUGCUCACAAACAGAAGAAAAAUGAAGGAGUGGUUGAUUUUGCUAAGAAGAGUGACAUGAAGAGGGCUAUAGAGAAGCUGGAUGGUACUGACAUCAAUGGACGCAAAAUCCGCAUGAUUGAGGACCGACCGAGUCAGAGGCGUAGAAGUCGAAGCAAAGCUAGAGGAUCACGAAGUCGCAGCCGCUCACGCAGUCGUUCAAGAAGCCGCAGUCGCAGCAGGAGCAGGUCUCGCCGCAGCUCCAGAAACAGGUCCAAAUCAAGGUCAAGGUCACGCAGCGGUGAGAAACAGGGGUCAAAGUCAAGGUCCCGUUCCAGGGAUAAGUCCCGCUCAAGGUCAAAGUCGAAAUCAAAGUCUAAAUCAAAGUCCAAGUCUAAAUCUCCAGUGAGGAAUGAAGGAGAUGAACAGGUUCCUGUUCAGGAAGAUUGAAAUUAAAAAUAAUUGGAGUCAUAUUUUUUAUCAGACAUGCUUUUUUGUUGUUCAGACUUGAGCAUCAUUUUGACAUAAAGGUUUCAACAUGAGUAUUUUGAUUGGCAGUUUCAAGAGCUGCAUGACUCAUAAUUAUAUGUAAAUUGUUGUUUUCAUUCCUUCGUUUCAUGAAGUUUUUUUAAGUGUGCUUGACUGAGUAUGAAAGUAAAUGGUAUUGACUGUAGUCGAGUUGAAGUCAUUUUAAGUGAAAAACGUAGCCUCAGGUUAGUCCUGAAAAUUGGUGGACAUUUCAAUAACAUCUCCAUAAUUGGUUAUUUUAACGAAAUCCAUGCCACAAAAUACUAAUAAUUUAAUUUAACAAGCUGAUUAGUGUCAAAUGAUAUUUUGAUAUUUUUUCCAACGAACGAGUCAGAUAAAACAAAAGUUAAAAUGGAAUCCACUUUCUGGCACUUCACAUAAUGACAUGCGUCAGGUGUGCUAGAAUCUCUUAUCAGUUAUUGACAUUUUGUAAAAAUUUGCGUUACGAUUUGCGUAUGUAAAAAUAUGUUAUUAAUUAACAGAGUUUGUCAUUAUCAUGUCAGUUUAUCAUCAAUGAUUUUUAUGCCCCCGGAUCGAAAUAUAAGGGGCAUAUUGUUUUUGGCCUGUCUGUCUGUCUGUCUGUCAUUCAUUCAUUGUAUGUGUGUGUCCCAAAACUUUAACCUUCGUUAAAGUUUUGCAAUAACGUUUGCAUUAUUGAAGAUAGCAACUUGAUAUUUGGCAUGAAUUCGUAUCUCAUGGAGCUGCACAUUUUGAGUGGUGAAAGGUCAUCCUUCAAGGUCAAAGGUCAAAUAUAUGGCUUCAAAGCGACGCAAUAGAGGGCAUUGUGUUUCUGACAAACACAUCUCUUGUUAUUCCUAAUUUUAUGUUAAAGCUUCGCAAAUACUUUUUCUUAGUGUGGUAAUGACCAUAAUUUGCAAAUUUGAACCUAGCACAUGUAUUUUUUUAAGGAGGGCAUAUAGUGAUCGCACUGCUGUCCGUCUGUCUUUCCGUCCCACUUUUGUGUUUAGGUUUCAAAAAAUGCUUAUAACAUCUAUGUCGCUUCAGAUGUAACCUCUAUAUUUAUGCCCCCCUUCGAAGAAGAGGGGGUAUAUUGUUUUGCUCAUGUCGGUAGGUCGGUCGGUCGGUCCGUCCACCAGAUGGUUUCUGGAUGAUAGCUCAAGAACUCUUAGGCCUGGGAUCAUGAAACUUCAUAGGUACAUUGAUCCUGACUGGCAGAUGACCCCUAUUGAUUUUCAGGUCACUAGGCCAAAGGUCAAGGUCACAGUGACUCUAAAUAGUAAAAUGGUUUCCGGAUGAUAACUCAAGAACGCUUACGGCUAGGAUCAUGAAACUUCAUAGGUACAUUGAUCAUAGCUGGCAGAUGAUCCCUAUUGAUUUUCAGGUCACUAGGUCAAAGGUCAAGGUCACGGUGACUUAACAUUAAAAUGGUUUCCGGAUGAUAACUCAAGAACGCUUAGGCGAUCAUGAAAAUUCAUAGGAACAUUGAUCAUGACUUGCAGAAAACCCAUAUUGAUUUUUAGGUCACUAGGUCAAAGGUCAAGGUCACAGUGACCUGGCUGCCACUACAACGGACAGCCCAUAUGGGGGCAUGCGUGUUUUACAAACAGCCCUUGUUCAUUUUUGGUAUGAAUGUUUAUAUGGACAAGGCCUUUCCAUACGCACACUAAUUUUGACCCCCUUGACCUUGAACUUAGGUUCCGCGUUUAGGUUUUUAAAUCUGCGUUUAGGUUUCGAAAAAGCGUUUUUCGGGGGCAUAUGUCUUCCGAUUGAGACAGCUCUUGUUUUAAUCAUAAUAUACUGAUUGUUGUUGUUGUUUCAAUACUUUAUGAUUUCAUAUUAUUGAACUUAUUGUAAAUAAAACAAAAUACUUUGG